CGCGAUUGAACAGCGCGAUGCGCGUCUUCGUCACUGUCGGUUCAACGAAAUUCGACUCGCUUAUCCAGUCAGUGCUUUCUGACGACGUCCUUCACGCCUUCAAUGCGAAAGGAUAUACAGAUAUUGUAGUUCAAUGUGGUAACUCUCAAUUGGACCCUUCCUCCGGUCUCGUCACGAACGAAACAGCGUGGACGUUGGAGAGAGAUGGCAUACGGCUCGACAUGUGGAGAUUCAAACCCUCUCUGGAAGAAGAGUAUAAUGGAGCGGACUUGGUAGUGAGCCAUGCAGGAUCUGGAACCAUUCUUGACGUGCUGAGGAAAAGCAAAGCAUUGAUUGUCGUACCCAACCCCACAUUACUCGACAAUCAUCAAGAGGAAUUAGCGAAAGCCCUAGCAGACUUGGGACACCUAAAAGCGUCCAAUAUUCGAGAAUUGGCGCGGACCAUACGAGAGCUCGAUAUUUCGACUAUCAAGCCCUUCCCGGCCUUUGAUGGAAGCCGCUUUCGACGGUUGUUGGAUGAGGAGAUGGGUUUCGUUUGA